GCCCCCGCCGUCGCCACCGCCCGCGCGCCAUCGCCCCGGCCCCGCCCCCGAGAGCCGAGGGCUGUCGGCUGCUGAGGACUGAAAGCGCCUAUCUCCUUACCGGUUUGUUUACUACCAUGCCGCUGUACGAGGGCCUGGGGAGCGGCGGAGAGAAAACGGCGGUCGUGAUAGACUUGGGAGAGGCUUUUACCAAGUGUGGAUUUGCUGGAGAAACUGGUCCAAGAUGCAUAAUUCCUAGUGUGAUAAAAAAAGCUGGCAUGCCUAAGCCUAUCAAAGUUGUACAGUAUAAUAUCAAUACAGAAGAAUUAUAUUCCUACCUAAAGGAAUUCAUCCACAUACUGUAUUUCAGGCAUCUGUUGGUGAAUCCCAGAGACCGCAGAGUUGUGGUUAUUGAGUCUGUAUUAUGUCCUUCCCACUUCAGAGAGACACUCACUCGUGUUCUUUUCAAGUAUUUUGAGGUUCCAUCUGUCUUGCUUGCUCCAAGUCAUCUAAUGGCUCUUCUUACACUUGGGAUAAACUCUGCCAUGGUCCUGGAUUGUGGAUAUAGGGAAAGCCUGGUGUUACCUAUAUAUGAAGGAAUCCCAGUACUAAAUUGUUGGGGAGCACUCCCCCUAGGAGGAAAAGCUCUUCACAAGGAGUUGGAAACUCAACUAUUGGAACAAUGUACUGUUGACACAGGUGCUGCUAAAGAACAGAGCCUUCCCUCUGUGAUGGGUUCAAUUCCAGAAGGUAUCUUGGAGGACAUUAAAGUGCGCACUUGCUUUGUUAGUGAUCUGAAGCGUGGACUAAAAAUCCAAGCAGCAAAAUUUAAUAUUGAUGGGAAUACUGAGCGUCCCUCACCACCCCCAAAUGUUGACUACCCAUUAGAUGGAGAGAAGAUUUUACAUGUCCUUGGAUCAAUCAGAGAUUCGGUUGUGGAAAUCCUUUUUGAACAAGAUAAUGAAGAGAAAUCAGUUGCCACUUUAAUAUUGGAUUCCCUUAUGCAGUGUCCAAUAGACACUAGGAAGCAACUAGCAGAAAAUUUGGUAGUCAUAGGUGGCACGUCUAUGUUGCCAGGAUUCCUCCACAGACUACUUGCAGAAAUAAGGUAUUUGGUAGAAAAACCAAAAUAUAAAAAAACACUUGGCACCAAGACAUUCCGAAUUCAUACUCCACCUGCAAAGGCUAAUUGUGUAGCCUGGUUGGGAGGAGCUAUUUUUGGAGCACUGCAAGACAUACUUGGGAGCCGUUCAGUCUCAAAGGAAUAUUAUAACCAGACAGGCCGUAUACCUGAUUGGUGUUCUCUUAAUAACCCACCUUUGGAAAUGAUGUUUGAUGUCGGGAAGACUCAACCACCUCUGAUGAAGAGAGCAUUUUCCACUGAGAAAUGAAAGUUUGAUUAAAAUUCAACUUUGCUUCAUUUCAAAUAUCUCAUCAAUUACAAGCAAACUGUACAAAGUAUAUAGGAUGGUGUUAGAGAUGACUUUAGUAGAAGUGAAAGCAUUUCUGUAAUUAUACUUCACAUUAGUAUUUAAUCAUUUUGCCUUUGGUGUAAUGGUAGAAUGGUAGCUGAUGCUUAUUGAAAUUAGUUGUAUUUAUAUCAAUAAAAUAGAGUAAAGCAGUUAA